CGAGUACCGUACCCACUAGUAUCUUCGCGCUUUGUCCUCCAGGGAUCCUUCAACGCUCCAUCUUGUUCUGCGAAAGAAGCGCAAGAGCAGAACAAAAUAUUGAGUACAAAGGACCAUCAAAAGGAAGUAGUGCAAUUUCUCCUUUUUGUUUUGCAAACGAGAAAUCAUAUCAUGAGGAAUUGUAGCCGUUGCAUGCAUCCGUACCUUUGGGUUGCCAUCGGCGCCGCCGCAAACCUGUUCCUGGUGUUCCGGGAAGGAAGUUUUUGUUUUGCGUUUGUGAUUGGUGGUGCUGCCAGAGCUACGACUGCUGACUAUGGUUUCGACAUCAGAUCAUCCAAGAUUCCAAUGCGUGCUUCCUCUACUUCCGAAGCUCCCUUCCCGCCCUUGUCGAAGGACGAUARCAGCAGAAUGAGCAGCAGCAAGAGAGACACAAUUCGCCCCAUUCAUCAGAAUUGGUGGCCCGUGGCAAGCAUCUCGAUGCUAAAGUGCGACAAACCAAACGCGGUAACGCUUCUGAACCAAAAACUAGUUGUCUUUCGAUCGGUUGUGGCGAAUAGCAAAGGCGUGGAUGGGAACGACGACGACUCGGAGCCAACAGAGGACCGCUGGACGGUAAUGGACGACCGAUGCAGUCAUCGAUUUGUGCCUCUUUCYGAGGGAAGACUCGUAGAGUCCCCUGCGUCGUCGUUUUCGUCGGCGUCGGGGUGUGCCUCGUGCCACAAGAACAUCCAGUGUGCCUACCACGGCUGGGAGUUCGAUGGAUCAACGGGUGCCUGCACCAAGAUCCCCCAGAAACAGCGAGUUGACAGCCAGAAGGAUGGAACCGAAAAAAAGCACAAAACCAGCCCGGGCGUUCGAUGCUACCCGGUGAAAAUCGCAGCUGGAAUGGUCUUCGUCUGGGCGGAUCCGGAGUCGUACGAGACACUGGGCAAAUCGAUCCCCGUUCCCGUACCGAGCUACGUCGACGAAUGGUACAAAUCCCGUGGAUCGCGCACGUUGUUCCAGCGCGAUCUGCCCUACGGAUACGAGCUCCUCGGCGAGAACCUCGUGGAUCUCGCCCAUCUCCCAUAUUCCCACCACGGGGUUGRGGGAUUGGAUCGGUUCAGCAUGGGGAAUCCGCUGCCCUUUCGGAUGCUCCAGGAUGCCCAAAAAACCAGGGACGAGGCCGUGGACUACGGACAGGAUACUGAUCCAGUUCCCGUGGCGACCACCGACAACAACAUCAAGCCCCUCUACGAAGUGGAACUCGACGAUGCGACGAAUAACGAUCCGAUAUUUCAGAGCAUGAAGGUGAUGAGGGGACCCGACGCGGUUCCGGACGGUUCCACGGUGCGCGUAGGCUUUUACCAGCCCUGCCACGUCCGGUACACCCGUACCGUUGCGUCGCUCGGCACGAAACCGGGAAGCCAGAGCCGCGUCGUCCUGUACCUCUGCCCGACGUCGUCCACCAAGUCACGGGUYUUUUUGAUCAACAUGUUUGGCGCUGCCGAAAAGAAAGCGGAAGAGACAACCACCACCGACGAGUCGGGCCCAUCGCCGCUUCUAUCUGCCUCCUUGCGUACACGGGUCGGCGCCGCCCUGUCCGGGUGCAAUGCAUCGAUAAAGAAAGCCUUCCAGGCAAUAUUGCUCAACCUUAUCCUGAAAUUCAAGUUUACACCGGUGGCCGGUCACAUGAUCGCCCACGAAAUCUUUGACGGCGACGGGAUUUUCUUGGCCAUGCAGGGAGAUCGGAUGCAGAGAGGGGGGGCAGCCGCCACCAAGCAAAGCCGAGCGAGGAACGGCAACGGCGGAGACAACGAUGGCGGCGAACAGCGGCAACAACAGCAGCACCGCAAGCCGCUUUCCUAUCGAGAUUACCAGACCCCAGCAACCUCAGACAUUCUGGUCCACGCCUUUCGGAGGUAUGUGGAGCAAGCCGCGAAACGAACGCCAGAUCCAAGCACGGUUGACGCCAUCGAGCCAACGUCCGUAACCUACAACCCCGACAGCGUCCUCCGCUCGCAACUCCUGGACCGAUACGAAUCGCACACCAAGGACUGUUUGUUCUGCCGGACGGCAUUGGAGAAGGGCCGCGCCCUCGAGGCAAAGCUCGAACUGGCAAAGACAGCGCUGGUGGGGGCCUCUGGUGCAUCCCUUGCCGCCGCUCUGAUCGGAUGGAUCUGUGGCCGUGUUUUGGAAACCUCCACACCGGCCUCCUCCUCUAUGUUGCGGGCGUGCACCACUACCGUGGUCCGAAUGGGCCUGCGAAUCGCUCUUUUUUCGGGAGGGUUUGCGAGACUCGCUUUUGUCCUCCGUGAGAGGGUUGCCACGAACAACCAAAAGUUUGUAUUUGUGGAUUACGUCCAUGCAGAACGAGGCUAAAGCGCAAUUCGGUUCGAGCCGAUUCUAUGUGGAUUCAGAAUGCGUGUCUUCUUUCGUGUGUACACGCUUGGUGGAUCCAGAAGAUCAAAGGGGCCGCCGUUUGAGAGGAUGAUGGCUCACGGCCAACCCUUCUUCUGAUUGGUCGUAUCGUAGUUUGGAGAUGGCUGAGCCAGGACACUUAAGUUGAAAACUAUCAACGUUGCGUUUGGAUCAAGUAAAUUAACUUCUAUGCAAUGAUUUACAAAMAAAUGUUGAUAAUAGAGUAAAAAUAAAAUGGGUUUCAAAUCGUGGCUUAUGAUGCUUGCAGCGCUAGGUAGGCCUACUAGAUGGCAUACCCGUUGGACCACUUCUGGAAUUUGUCGUAUGCACUGGUACCCCAGUGGUUUCUCGCGCUUUCAAUUAAAGCCUUCGCUCUUCGUUCUACCAUCUUGUCUGGGACAUCCAGCAUGAGACGCUCUCGGAAUCCCCGCAAGGCCUGUCCUCCGCCGUAUCGCCGGCCCGAAAAACAGGGAUAGUUGGACUUGAACAUCAUGAUCUCUACCAAACCGAGGGCAAUUUGGCAUUUGCUUCGGGCCUCCUUCAUACCCUCGACAAAUAGAUGCACGAAUUCCUUGUAACAUUCGCUAUCGCUGCCACCCAUAACUUCCACAUAUUCCUCUGUCAACUUGAAAGGAGCGCGCUCCAUGGUAAAUUCGUGACCGACGCACAUGCCCAUGCAGAAACCAUAGUCGAUAUGAAUCAAAUGCCCGUACAUAUCGAUCAUGAUAUUUCCGUUGUGGCGAUCCUUCAAGCCGAGAAGGUAGCAAACGACGGAAUAUCCAGCUAAACUCUGCAUGAAAUUGCGUUGAGCUGCCUUAAAUGAUUUUGAAUCGGGUCCACCGUACGUAUUCUCAUAGUACUUCAGAAGACCGCCUUCUGCAGGAUAAUGCUCCGACUUCUUCAGACCAUCGAGAGACGUUGAAUCUUGAUUGAACUCCAAAAGGCCAGUACUGGCAGAAGUACUCAGGAUUUUGUACGUCUUAAGCCAGAGGGGGAGAUCUGCGGCGAUGAAGACGCUCUUGUAAUAGUGAAUCAUCUGCAUAACAAAAACUUCUUGUCUUAAAUCGUCAUUCGAUUUCGAAAGUAAACAUACUAUUUCGAGAUGAACUUUCUUGUCUUCAGGUUUGUCCUUGAUACCCUCCAACAUUCGGAAUGAUUUCUCGGCCCAAGUUUCUCCCCCGCACACUAUUUCUUUCGCUCUAGCCAUUGAUUCUUGGUCAAUGUCCCCCGCGCGUAAUUUUCCCUUGAGAAUUUUGUUUUGCUCCCUGACGGAUGACUUUCCAACGUAGACAGCUUCUCCGAUUCCAUGUGUCUCUGACGAGCGCCUUCCCAUCGCAAUGGGAACAUCGGAAAUAGUCGAACGCG